CUAUUUUUUGAUUAUAUUUAAGCUCGAGAUUUUAACAUGAAAAAUGCUGAGGCAAUGUUAAGAAAACACAUUUCUUGGAGGAAAGAAUACAAUAUAGAUACCCUCUUGACUGACUAUCAACUUCCCGAAGUUCUUGAACUAUAUGCCCCAAUAAGUGUAUUGGGUCAAGACAAGGAAGGCAGCCCAGUAAUCUUUGCUGGGGUUGGGAAGGUAGAUGAGAAAGGUAUUCUAAAAUCUACGAAGAUGAUCGAUAUAUUUAAACUGAAUUUAUUUCGAACAGAAACAGCAUUAGACAUGUUGAAACACGAAAAUGAAAAGAAUGGAAAACUUGAUACAAAAGUUGUUUACGUAUACGACUUCGACCAGUUGACGUUCCCAAUGGCGACAAACAGAACGGUUGUUGAAAUGUUAAUAACUUGGAUAAGCAUGUACCAAGACAAUUAUCCUGAACGAAUCAAAGCAGUUUACGUCAUAAAUGCACAAUUUUACUUUACCUUACUUUUCUCUGCCUUGAAAUUCAUUGUGGCAUCAGCUGUUUUGAAGAAGGUUCAUAUUUAUGGAACAGAGGGUUGGAGAGAGGUCUUACAAGAAAUAAUUUCUUCUGAUGUAUUACCUGCAUUUCUUGGAGGAAAACGGACUGACCCUGAUGGUAACCCUUUAUGUAAGAGUUUCUUAGUUCAUGGACAAACAGUACCUGAACGCUAUUAUCUUUCUAAUUUGUGGAGGAGCAUCCAAAGAGAGCCGGGUGUGAAAACGCUGAACGUGACCAGAAAUAAGAGUUGCUGUGUUGAAUUCCAAGUCGAUGAAUCUGGUUCAUAUUUAGAAUGGGAAUUCGAAACCAAGAACAAAGACAUAGGAUUCGCUGUUUAUUUCAAGGAUGAGCGAAGGAAUGACGCCGAAUUAGAAGAAAUUGUGCCCAAACGGAGAAUCAGUACCUCAUUUGAAACCGAAACUGGUGUUUGGAAAUGUGAAAGAUCAGGCUCAUAUUACUUGGUUUUUGAUAAUUCCUACAGUUGGAUGUUUUCUAAAGAAAUUUAUUACAAAGUUGCAGUUUUACCACCGAAAGAAACCGAAAGCGAAGGCGAUUAAAAGAGACUAUCACUACAGUUUGUUUUUCACUUUCGAAGAAGAAACCAUACUAACUAUGCUCUUGAAACAAUAUUGAAACACUUGUAAGUUCGAAAAUAAUGUGCAUGGUUGAAAGUUUUAAUUGUGUAUUUUGUCUUUUUUUUUUCAUUAUUCAAACACCCAGUGAAAAUUAGAAGAAAAGAAAUAUGAAACUAUUAUUUUCACUUUUUGAAUUUUCUUUUUUUGUCAAUCAUUACAUAAUUAUUUAAUCAUCAUAAAACGAGCAUUGCUAAAAAUCAUCGUAUAAAGCUCAUGUAAGAAGUUUGCUAAAAAAAAUGGAAAGAGCGCAUUUAAAAUGUGUGCAUUAAAAUUAUUGACAAAUAUUUUAUCAAAAUCUCGAUUCUAAGAACGCAUAACCAUCAUUAAUUUUGACUCGCAUUCAUUUGUGUUGUGCACAUAAUUGAAUUUCAGUUACACAGAUAAGUACAUUUCUUCAGAACUUAUUAAAAUUUUUUAUCAGACAAAAGGAAGAAAUCUCUGAAAAAAAUUAUCAGAAUAAGAUUCUUCAAAAGAUUUACACGAGUAAAGCUUACAUAUGCAUUUAUUGUUAUUUGCUAUUAAAAAAAAUUGAAGAUAAUAAUGUUAUUUUCUACAUGCAUAAAAUUCAUGCGUGUAAAUUAAUCUAUUUUAUCAAACAUCACGGUAUCUUCAUUUCUAUUUUUUAUGGUAAUGAGCUAAUAUUAUAUUCUUUCCAUCUUUGUAAGUGAUUUGAAAGUUAAAUUUCAUGUAACAAAAUUUUUUUUAAUUUUUAUAUUUUUCUGAAAAAUACUGACAUUAUUCUACACUACAAUUUUUUAAAUCACUUAACUAUUUUAAGUUUGCUAUAUCACCAUUUCAACUUCGAUGAUAUUCUUUUUUUUUCCUUUUUCAAAUUCAUUGCAUAUUUUGCUAUUAGUAUUCUGGAAAUUUUCAGCAAUAUUGUUUUGUAAUUAAAAACAGUGCUGCUUUUUUCCAAGACUUUUGCUGCUGUUUUGUCAUAAAAUUGUGAUAAUUUUUUUGAUCUUUAUUCGCUCUAUAUCCUUGUAAAUGAACUAUUUUUAAAAAAAAAUUAUUUUGAUUUCAUAUGUAUAGAUAAUGUGUACUUGUUUCAUAUUUGAAUGUUAAUUUAUUGUAGAUUAUGCAAAAAAGUAAAUAAAAAUUCCUGAAAUUCA